UAUUCACACAGACAUGAUAUUUUAUCUUUUAUUUUGGACGAUUCCGUUCCUCUCCACUGUAGAACCAGCUAAUAAUAAGUCACUGCUUCACUUUGGAUACAUUACCUCUCUCACUGGCUUGUUCAUACCCAGUGGAGGUAGACCAGCUGUGGAUCUGGCACUGAAACUUAUCAAUGAAAGAGAAGAUAUUCUACAAAACUAUACACUAAGCUACACUGAUGUACUGGAUUCAGGGUGUAGUCAUACAAAAGCUCUUGACCAAUUUUUUGAACUUAUCCAGGAACGUAAUGUGACGUACAUAUCAAUCUUAGGUUGUGGCUGCUCCACUGCUACAAUACCAGUGGCUGAAGUUAGCCAUUAUUGGAACAUACCUCUGCUGGCAUAUGCAUCUCCUGCUAAUGUUUUGAAUGAUAGAACAAGAUUUAGGAAUUUUUUUCGUACUUUUGUCUCAUUUCGUCACAUCAGUUCAUCCCUGGGUCAGCUAAUGAGAGAAUUUGGUUGGCAGCAGCUUUCAGUCAUAACACAAGAUGAGAGCUUGUUCACUAGAGUGACUGAUGACUUAGAAAACAAUAUUUUUAAAACCAAAGGAUGGAUAUUGGACAGAUAUGAUGUUCCCACAGGACAGGAUCCUCUUCAUUACUUUGACAGAAAUGAAGCUCAGACAUUCAAAAUAAUCCACAUCAAUGCAUAUCCUAACAUUGCUUAUACAGUUUUAUGUGAGGCCUAUUAUAGAGGAAUGGUUGCUCCUACUUUUCUAUGGAUCCUUCCAUUGUGGUACAGUGCUGACUGGUGGAGAUCCAACAGUACCUACUCAUCUAAUAAUGUCUCCUGUACCAAUCAAGUCAUGAUGCAAGUUUUAGUUGGGAGCAUAGGGAUAGUCCCUGAUGGAUACCUGACACUUGAGAAUGAAUCAGUUGUAACAUUCUCUGGUCUGACUCCACGCAUGUAUCUUGAUAACUAUACUGAUCUAAUUCUCAAUGAUCCUUUAUAUGAGAACCUGAUGCUGUUGAGUUUAUCUGGAGUUGCUUUUGAUGGAGUGUGGGCCAUUGCUGUUGGAUUGGAUCUAGCAUCACAGAGACUAUCAUCAGGUAAUGUCAGUGGAUGUGAGGAUGUACCAGGAAACCUGGUCCCAUUGGAGCAGUUUGAUUACACCAAUAUGAAGCUAGGCUGCAUUAUAAGACAGAGCUUUAGUGAAGUUAAUUUCCUUGGAUUAACUGGUCAAAUAAGUUUCAAUGAGAAAGGCAGUAGAAAUGACAGUGUUGUAUUAUUUCAACAGUACAGAGCAGCUAAUGGAACAAUCAUUAGAGCAUCAGUUGGUACUGUCACUGUUCUUCUUAACAAAGCGUAUUUCACUUUUCAAAAUGGAGAAUCAAACACCACCCUGUGGAACAAUGGGGAGCCUCCAUACGAUGGAUUUCCAGUAACUGCAUUUGACAAGAAUAAUAUUAUACUGGUCUUUAUGUAUGACAUGGCUGCUACCUGUGGACUUGUUUUUGUAACAAUUUGUUUCUCUUUCAACGUAGCCUUUAGGAAUAGAAAGUAA